AUGCACCAAGCCCUCCCCGGUUCACCGUCCACCGCCGGAGGAAGUGGCGGAAUCAUGUUCAAGAUGGUUUCGGAGAAUCCGGUGAUCGUGAUCGGGACUCGUGGAUGCUGCAUGUGCCACGUGGUGCAGAAGUUGCUGCAGGGCCUGGGAGUGAACCCUCCCGUGUACGAGGUUGACGAGGGGGACCAGUCUGACGUGGCACAAGAGCUGUCAAGAAAGAUUGUUGGUGGCGGGGAUGACGGCGGAGUGCAGUUUCCGGCGGUGUUCGUGGGUGGGAAGUAUUUGGGAGGGUUGGAGAAAGUGAUGGCUAAACACAUCUCCGGUGAACUGGUUCCGAUUCUGAAAGAUGCCGGGGCCUUGUGGCUUUGA